AUGCGGCUCCAUGUGAUUGUGGGCAUCGUGCUGGUGGUGGCAGAUGCGGCCGAAUGGCCACAACAGGUGGUGCAGGCCUGUGGCCUCUCCUCCUCGAGGGCGGAGGUGGUCUCCCUGGAGGGCGCUUUGACUUUGUACAUGGACCGCCUCUGCGGCGCCCAAAACUACCCCUGCCGAGCGCAAGUCACAUCUGCUGUGAACGCCAUGGGAGACGACGCGUUCAAGGUUGCCUUGAAUGAGGAUUUGUACAACUGUGCUCUUCCCGCUGACCGUUCAGAACAGCUGUUCAUGUCAUCCUUCAAGAUUGCAGGCUUGAAGCAGCAGAACUACGCUCAGUGGGGAAACUGGUUGGGCAAGGCCUUCAAAGAAUGCCCCGAUCUGCAAGGCUUUCAGCCGAAGCGCUCCACCUGGUACCCGGAGGGCAGCGGGGUGCGCUUUCUCGUGAGCGGCACGGGGACCAGCAAGGAGGCCCACAAGAUCGAGCAGUGCCUCUCGCAGUCCAUGCAGGCAUCCUCGGGUGGAUGGUUCGGUGCCCACGUGACUGUCUCCGAGUUCACCGUCUCCAAGGUGGAGUCAAACUCUUGGUUUGGCGUUGGAAUGAAAAACUUCAUGAUCCUCACACGCUUUCUAUUCGUCGGCUUGGCCCUCCUGGCGCUGUAUGCUGCGGUUGCAGCUUGCGCCUACUUCUCCGGGGUCAAGUGGCUGGACCCCAUCCUUUUGUGCUGGCCGGAGGUAUGUGAGGGGCGUGGCUGCAUCCUCUACCAAAUCCUGUGCUGUCCUUUUGUCUUGAUUUGGAACGCGCUGCGCAUCUACUGUUGCCACUGCUGCCAUAGCUACAUCUCUUGGCUAUGCAUGCCAGGUUGCACCAAGGGCAUGUGCUGGGAUGAUUUCGAGGAUCCCGACUUCCCGCCCGCACAGACCAGCUUGGGGGCCCUGAAGGGUGACACAGCUGGGGGCUACCUGCACCAGGGCGGUGGCACGGAGUGGAUCAGGGCCUCAGAGCUCGGGGGCAAGGACAGCCAGGACCACCGAGGCGUCCAGCUCUUCGAGGGAGGCAUUGAAGCAGAUGAUAUCUUGCAGGGGGCCCUCGGUGACUGCUGGCUGCUCGCAGCUCUGGCGUGCGUGGCGGAACGUCCUGAGAUCCUCCAACAGGCGAUCAUCUCCAAGUGCAUCGAUCCCCGUGGCAAGUACAAGUUCCGGCUUUGGACGCUUUGCUGGCAGGUGCGGGACACAAUGGGCACCCAGUGGGUGAACAUCGUGGUGGAUGAGUACAUCCCCUGUCACGCUACAACCAGGAAACCCCGCUUCGCGCAGCCGAAAGACAACGAAUGCUGGGCACUCUUGCUGGAGAAGGCCUUUGCCAAGAUGUAUGGUGGGUACGACAAGCUCGAGGGCGGCUGUAUGUCUUGGGCGCUCUCCGCCAUCACGGGGAAUCCUGCGGUGCACUUCUUGCGGAUGAACGGCCUGUGGAACGCCUUCCAACCCACGGGCGGCGGAAGGCUCACGAAGGAGGACGAGUUCAGCGAUGAAGAGUUCUUCAGGUUCCUUCUCAAACUGAAGCGCAACGGCGCCUUCAUUUGCUGCUCAUCGAUUGUACCACCGGACCGCAAGGGCCUCAUCGACGGCCAUGCGUAUUCAAUCUUGGACAUGCGCACCGUGCAGUCGGAGUUGGUCUCCGGCAACUACUUCCGGCUUGUGCAGAUCCGCAACCCCCAUGGCCAAGGAGAAUGGAAAGGGGCCUGGAGCGACGAGUCCCCGCAGUGGAACAAGUAUCCCAGCGUGAGGCGGGCGAUCAUGGGGGAUGAAGUGCUUAAAGAUGACGGCGCCUUCUGGAUGCAGUGGGAGGACUUUGUGGUCUUUUGGAAGGACGUGCAGGUGGUGGACUGUGAGACCAACAUCCGGACCGUUGCCACCCCGGACUACGAAGAGGGGACGACGUGCUUCGGGCCCAUUCUUUCUUCCAUCUGGGGGUGUCUGCAAUAUUGGCUCUGCUGCGUGGGGUGCAAGCGGCUAUACCUGGGCCGGGCGGGCGGCAAGAAUGUGGAGGAGAUGAAGCGAGACAUGGACAAGAAGUGCGGAUACGACCAGAAGGGCUUCUAUUGCCACUUCUGCGAGCAGACAGCAGUCGCAGAUGACGCUUACGGGUCUUCGGAUGAGGAAGCGGGCAUGGUGAGGUACAGGUGA